GGAGGGUAAACAGAAGGGCAGCAAUUACCCAAAUCCUUUGAUGAUCUGAAAACCAUCUCCUCUCCUGGUGAUCCUCCCCUUGGCGUUUCUUCCAAAAUUGUCGUGGUUUCUAUAAACAGCGAGAAGAACCUGGCUCCAACCAAUGGAGAAAGGAACAGCUUCUAGGUGAAUGAUAGUUCAUGUAUGGAGAGGUUCAAACAACUUCAGCAAGAAAAGGGAAAAGGUGAUAAAGUAGAGGCAUCUAGAAUGGAUCCAACUUUAUCAGUGCCCGGAAAACCUAAUCCUGUUAUUAGUAGUAGUGGCUCGGUGUCUAGAGCUAGUGAUUCUCGCAAAAUGAACCCGGCUCCUUCCUCUGGCAAACUUACAUUCAGCCUAAAACAAAAAUCGAAGCUUGUCGCACCUGCUGUCAAGUUAAGUGAAGACGAGGAUGAAGAUGAGAAGAAUGCUGGCAAAGCAUCAGGUGGUGGACCAAUAAAAAGGCAAAAGUUGGACCAGCCUGAUGCAUAUGAUCGGUCACUAAAACAAGUUGUUGUUGCACCACCAUGUCCAAGUGAUCCCACAAUAAAGAAGGUCGCAGAAAAAUUAGCAAGUUUUGUGGCAAAAAAUGGAAGGCAGUUUGAGCAUAUCACACGGCAAAAGAAUCCUGGAGAUACCCCUUUCAAAUUCCUGUUUGACGAAAGUAGUGCUGAUUACAAAUAUUAUGAAUACCGACUUAUUGAGGAGGAAAAGGCUCUGGUGCAAUCUGUAGACUCCCAAUUACCACAUACUGGUGCUGCCAAGCCUGCUACUACUAGUGGUUCUCAAAGAUCAGAUCAGCAAUCUUCCAAUUACCAGAUCCCUGCUUCAGCUUUAUAUGAAGCUACUGAUAGUGCACAAUCUGAUUUUGGUGAAUCUACUGCUUCAUCAGCUUCAGAUCCAAUAGCUAUGAUGGAAUUCUAUAUGAAAAAAGCUGCACAAGAAGAAAAGAAGAGACAGCCAAAACAGUCUAAAGACGAGAUGCCACCACCUGCUUCUCUCCAAGGUCCCGGUAAGAGGGGUCAUCAUAUGGGUGAUUAUAUACCUCAGGAAGAGCUGGAGAAAUUCAUGGCCAGCUGUAAUGAUGUUGCUGCACAAAAAGCAGCCAAGGAAGCUGCAGAGAGAGCAAGAAUCCAGGCUGACAAUGUUGGCCAUAGACUUCUGUCCAAAAUGGGUUGGAAAGAAGGCGAAGGGCUUGGAAGUUCUAGAAGUGGCAUCGCAGAUCCAAUUACAGAAGGUAAUGUUAAAAAGGAUCACCUGGGUGUCGGUGCUUCUAAUCCAGGGGAGGUAACUCCUGAUGAUGAUAUCUAUGAGCAGUAUAAAAAGCGUAUGAUGCUUGGUUACCGUCAUAGACCAAAUCCUCUGGGAAAUCCCCGGAAGGCAUAUUACUGAAAGGAAAGGCUUCAACUGCUUUUCAAGAAGUCGUCCCAAAACACAAAGGAAGUGGGAUUUUGUAGUUUGUUUUUCAUAAUUGUCGAAAUUGAUGUAUUUUUGUUGGUUUUUUGUCUUGUGAAUUAAAAAAACUCUUUUUUUUAUGCCAAUUUUGGAAGAAUUUGUAAGAAUAUUACCGAUGAAUGAUAAAAACAAAUAUUGUGUAUGCA